CCUGCAGGUCACGUGAUACAUACAAUCGUCGGCCAUAGUGGGUCAGUGAAUCCUGAUACGAGCUAGAAAAUCUUUUUAAUACCAGAUCAUAGUUGAGAAUGGCAGAUACAUUGAAAUUUGGUCCAGAAUGGCUGCGGGCCCUGUCUGAUGGCAACAGUGUGACCACGCCGCCCCCGUCACCCAGCUACCCCAAGUACAAGCUAGCAGACUACCGGUAUGGGCGGGAAGAGUUCCUCGCCUUGUUCCAGCCAGAGUACGAGAUACCAGAGGAGCUGCUCCAAUACCCCUCCAUACUGGUGGAGAAAUCUCAGAAACCCAUGGCGCUUAUACCACUCACAGAGGAAGAAAAUCGCAUCAUGUCCCAGUCAGUGAACAGUCUAGCGGUGCUGCGUCUGAUGGGGAGGGGCGGCGGUGGCGCCUCUGGUGGCCCAGGAGGACCGUCCAUGAGAGGUGGACGAGGAGGCUUUGUGGAAAGAGGCCGAGGUCGUGGUCGAGGAAGGGGUGAUGGCUACUACUCCAGAGGACCAUAUGAGGAGGGGGAAGGCGGCCUGGGCAGGGGGAGGCUGCACAGUAGGAGUGACAGCUGGGACGAAGGAAGCAGAGAUCCGAGACCUAGAUUUGAGCGAGGGUUUUCAGCUCGGGGAGCAUAUGAAGAAGGUGAACAGAUAUCUCCCAGGAGAGAUUUCUCUCGCUCUAUGAGCAGUGAUAACUGGCGGGAGGCUAAGAACAUAGCUGAGGAGGAGGGGGAGGGCGGAGACUGGAGAAUGGCAAGGUCCAAGGACAGAUGGGGGACCCGUGGCGGCUGGCGUGGAGGAGAGUAUGACUAUGACAGAGCUGAAAGGAACGACAGGGGUUUCUUCAGACAGAACAGUUACGGGGACAGGCCUUAUUACAACCGCCAGAGGAGUGCCAGUGAGUCUUGGGGAGAUGAGGAGGAUGUCCCAGAGUGGGCGGCAGAUGUUGAAGAAGAUAUCGGGACAUUUGAUGCCAGCGGUGCUUUUGUGUCAUUGAAGGAGGCGGAGGAUCAGAAGAAGGCCAUGAAGAAAGGAGAGAAGUUGGGAGAUGGGGAGAAGACCAACGGGGAGGUGAAGGUGUUCAGUGGAAAGGAAGAGACGUCGGAUACAGAGAAUAAUAAAGGUGCCAAAAUGGAGAGUAGUGAGGAAACAAAAGUGAACUCCACAAAAGAGAAAAACAAUAACAAUAAACAAGAGCUUAAAGCAGACACAAAUGAUGCAGAAAAAAGAGAGACCUCAAAAAGGCCAGAAAAUAAUUCACAACCAGAAAGCAAUAACACGAUUGCCAGCCAAAUCAAUGUUGCCAAUAAGACACAGCCAUUGAAGAAGGGAGGAAAAGACUCCUCUAAUGCCCAGGAAGUGGAUAUUGAUAAAACUAACAAGGCUCCUGAACCUGAUUUAACACCUUCUAAUUCUCUUCCUGUGGCAAUGUCUGAAAGUGUUACCAAGGCAACAGAAUCAGGAGUGGAGGGCAAGCAGAAAGUGAACGGGGAGACCAGUGUGGCUGCCACUGCGAAGGUGGAGGAUCCGGUGGAGCCAUCUGGUGGCGACGUGAGUGAAGAGCGACAGAAUGAUCUCCAUGACUUCCAACACUUAGAGGCAGCAGCGGAGAGUUUGGUGGCUACGUGGACAGCAGAGGAGGAUGCCAAAACCCACAGCAAGGCUGCAGUGGACAGUGGCGGCCUGCCCAUUGACCAUGAGGAUGCCAAGAGGUGGUUUUACCGCGACCCCCAGGGGGAGGUGCAGGGGCCAUUUGAGAACUCUGAGAUGGCGGAGUGGUUUAGUGCGGGCUACUUCACCAUGAAUCUACUGGUCAAACGCGGCUGUGACGAGAGAUUUUAUCCACUAGGAGAGCUGAUCAAGAGAUGGGGGCGUGUGCCUUUCCUGACGGGUCCCUCCCCACCCCCCCUGCUGCACUCUGCCUCCCCCACCCCAGAGGGUCAGGUACAGCCACUGCCACAACCCACACAGCAAGAACAGAUAAAGAUGCAACAGCUACUGUUACAACAACAUAUGAUGCAGCAACAGCAUAUCAUGAGACAAAUUCAGCUCCAACAGUUUAUCCAAACACUGCAGCAGCAGGAAGCGUUUUCCAAGCUGUCUCCUGCAGAGCUGCAAGCGCUGGCCAUGCAACUAUUGUUAAAACAACAGCAACAACAGCAGCUGCAGCUGAACCAACUGUCACAGCAGAAAGACAUGCAACUCCAGCUCCAGCAGAUCAUGCUGCAGCUGCAGCAGCAGGAGUUUUUCACUAAGUUGAAUCCUCAGCAGCAGCAGGCGCUGGCUAUGCAGGUCUUGGUGAAACAACAACAACAGCAGCAGCAGCAGCAGCAGCAAGAACAGCUUAAACAUCAACAACAACAACAAUCUCAUCAACAGCAGCAACAGGCUGACAAUCAGGCUGAUAUACAAGUCCAGUUACAGCAUAUAGUUCAGAGCCUACAGCAGCAGGAAGCCUACAGCAAGCUGACACCACAGCAGUUACAGGGUCUGGCUCUACAAUUACUGCUUAAACAACAAGUUCUGCAGCAACAACAACAGAAGUUAUCUCCAAGAUCUGUUGCUGAAGGUGCAGGCAGCCAUCCACCGUCAAGCAGGAGCGUCUCCAGCCCUCCCAACACUCUGCAGCACACAUUUCAGCGCUCCAUGUCGCAGCCGGGAGAUGAGGACAGCUCUUCAGUCUGGGGAGGGUCAAAUGUGUCAAAUUCGGGCGCCCCCUCGUGGCCAGCAGGUGGCAGUAGUGUGUGGGACAUAGAUCCGCCACAGGACCAACCAUCCAUUGAAGAACUUCAGAGACAGGAACAAGAAAGGGAGAAGGAGGCCCAACUCCAGAGACAACAAGAAGAGGAGCGUCAGCGCCAGGAGGAGGCAGCACGCCAGCAGGCCGAGGCCAUGAGACAGGAAGAGGCGCGACGCCAGGAAGAGGCUCGCAGGCAAGAGGAGCUGAAGAGGCAGGAGGCACGGAGGCUGGAAGAGCUGAGGCAGCAGGAAGAACUGAGGAUUCAAGAAGAGGCGAGGAGGAAGGAAGAGGAGAGACAGCUCGAAUUAAAAAGGCAGCAAGAAGAGUUACGACAGAAGCAGGAAGAGGAAGAAAGGAGGAAACAGGAGUUACAGCGACAGAAAGAACAGAAGGAGUUUGAAUUGGAGAGACAGAGGCAGUUUGAGAUACAGAGGAGACAGGAGGUUCAGAGACAGCAGGAGUAUCAGCGUCAGCAGCAGGCUCAGCAGGAAGCGUUGAGGAGACUGCAGCAGCAACAACAGGAACAGCUGGCCAACAUCCAGUUACCUACCACAGCUAACUGGGCCGCCAGUGCUCCUUCUGCUAACACUCAGAAUAAUUCCCUGUCCCUGGCUGAAAUACAAAAAAUUCAGGAGGAGAAGGAAAUGGAGGAGCACCAACGCCAGGCAGAGCUCCACAGGCAGCAGAUGCAGGCCAUUCACGCCCAGCAGCAGCAGCAGAAGUCCUGGGGACCUCAGCCAACUGGACGCCCAGUGACCGCUAAGUCUCUCCUAGAGAUCCAGCAGGAACAGGAGCAACAGCUACAGAAAGAUAAGAAGAAGAACAGACAGCAGCAGCAACAGAAGCAGUCCUCCAGUAUUCCCCUAGCUACUGCAGCUGUGUGGGGCAGUACCCCAACCUCGUCACACUGGGCGUCAGAGGGAGCCUGGGGAAACCAGAAAGGAAUGGGAUUCUGGGACGACGCCAUGGCUGCACCCAGCAAUAAAAAAACUUCCAAUAAUACCAAGUAGGUGGUCAGAGAGAGGAGUUAAUGAACUGAUGCA